ACUCCAUUCCUCUUUCUUUGUUCAUCAUCAAGGAAGGAAGGGCAAGGCCGCAAGGGAAGACACGGAUCGGCGGCCAUGGCGGCGGCCAUCCUCCGCUUCUUCUUCUUCUUCUUCUUCUUCAUCCUGCCCGCCUCCCUCACCGCCACCGCCUCCACCUCCACCUCAUCAUGCCCUGAUGGUUGGCAAAUCACUCCUGCUCUCGACAAGUGUUUCAUCUACAUACCUACACCCCUUUCUUGGGACAGAUCCGAGGCUCUCUGCCGCAACAACUUCACCGCUCAUUUGGCUGCCCUAUCAUCACUUCAAGACCUCAAUCUUGCAAAGUCUCUCUGUGGACCUUCCCCCUCUGGAUGCUGGGUCGGAGGUCAUCGCAACAACACUGCCUCGGCUUUUGCUUGGAAAUGGUCCGAUGAUUCAUCUUCUUGGAAUGAUACUGCCUUCCCUGCUGACCCAUUGCGCGCCAACUGCAGCACUACUGGGUGUGCUCUUGCUACCACCAAUGAUGCAUGCACUUUGGUUACCAAUACCCAUGCCGCACUUACCGCAAAAAGAUGCAGCGACUCACAUGGACUCAUCUGUAUGAUCAAUCAUGAAGACCGAUGCUACCAUGAUCACUGCCACAAGGAGUAUUUCAUAGUGCUCGUCGUUGUAAGCGGAUUCAUUCUCUUGACCACUCUAGCAGUAGUAGUUUGGCUACUUGUCUAUAGGCGAAGCAAGAGGAGGAGAAGAUCGCGUGAAGGUUCCAGUACUUCAGCUACCGCGUUAGUUCCACCGCUAUGGAAAGUGUUCACCAGUGAAGAACUUAGAUCAAUCACAAAGAACUUCAGUGAGGGCAACCGGCUUCCUGGGAAUGCAAAGACUGGUGGAACCUAUAGCGGAAUUUUGCCAGAUGGAUCCAGAGUAGCAAUCAAGAGGCUGAAGAGAUCAAGCCUACAAAGGAAAAAAGAUUUCUACUCUGAGAUUGGGAGAGUUGCAAAGCUGUAUCAUCCUAAUUUAGUUGCAGUAAAAGGAUGUUGUUACGAUCAUGGUGACCGCUUUAUUGUUUAUGAGUUUGUUGCCAAUGGGCCGUUGGAUGUUUGGCUACAUCAUGUCCCUAGAGGAGGGCGGUGCCUUGAUUGGCCAAUGAGGAUGAGAGUUGCUACAACUCUUGCACAAGGGAUCGCAUUUUUGCAUGACAAGGUGAAGCCGCAGGUCGUGCACCGUGAUAUCCGUGCAAGCAACGUGCUACUUGACGAGGAAUUUGGUUCCCAUCUGAUGGGGGUUGGGCUGUCCAAGUUUGUACCAUGGGAAGUAAUGCACGAGAGGACUGUGAAGGCUGCAACCUAUGGGUACCUUGCUCCUGAAUUCAUAUACAGGAAUGAACUGACAACAAAGAGCGAUGUCUACAGCUUUGGUGUGCUCCUUCUAGAGAUCAUCAGUGGCCGUCGGCCUACUCAGUCUGUCGAGUCUGUUGGAUGGCAGACUAUAUUUGAGUGGGCAACACCUCUAGUCCAGUCACACCGGUACCUAGAGCUGUUAGACCCACUGAUUCAGGAGUUGCCAGAUGUAGGUGUCAUCCAGAAAGUUGUUGACUUGGUCUAUGCCUGCACCCAGCAUGUCCCUUCGGUGCGACCAAGGAUGUCUCAUGUGGUCCAUCAGCUCCAGCAACUUGAGCUAAAGUCAGCAGCAUCAGAACAACUGAGCGGCACAAGCACUAGCGCUACAUCUCCAAUGUUACCAUUGGAGGUUCGGACUCCUCGCUGAAAUCCACUGCUAGAGGAAAACCAAUUCAGUAGUUUCCGAUGUCAGUCAGCUGGCAGCACAUCUAUUGAAGUGUCUGCUUAACUAGUACUAGGAGAAGUACUUGAGGGGAGAAGUUAGGACCCCCAUAGGCCAAACCAAAUUAACCUUUGUGUAGCAAUGGGCUGUUUGUUGUUAAAAUGGUCAUUGCCCAUGUGUACUUGAGUUGGCCUCUAUGUAGAAGAUAUCAGUUUAGUGAGCACAAAUUUCUGAAUGGUUGUAAUAGUGACCUUAUCUAUAUAUCUACAUUUGAUAGAAGGUGUGAUAAUA